GGAGAGGGACUAUUCGGAGUGGGAUACUUCUAUGGAUAGAAUGCUCUAUCAUAAGGCAAAAGUAUCUAUCAUAGUCCUAUGCAACGUCAUAAACUUUUACCCUUAUAUGAAAAUUCUAUAUAAUGUUGCUAUCAGAAUACUUAUAGUGUCCCUCCUAUACGAUAGACCUAUUGGGAGAUUAAUUCCUCAUCUCUUGCCUAUUAUCAAUGACCGAGAGGAGGGGAGAGAUAUUUACUGUAGGAACAUUCCUUACACUCAUAAUAGAGAUUAUGUGUAUAAAGCAUCACAUGAUGGGACUAUUAUGAG